CGCGGCUGCCGCUGGAGCCGGUGUCCGGGCUGGUGAUGGGGUUAAUUCCCUUUCGUAAGACUCUUACUUGCACCCACCCAGCCCCGCCGUCGCCCCGCCGCGCCGCGCUCCAGCCGCCUCCUCCUCCUCCUCAGUAACGCGGGCCACUGAAAGGUAUGAUAUAUUUGAUCCAAGACAGUCCAUUUCAGUCCAGGAAUCUACAGUGGUGACAAGGACAUGGGACUCCUCCUGCCAGAUUCCAAAUUGGUCAAGACAAGUGACAUCCUGGCUGACAACUGUGAGAAAGAACCUUGGAUUAUUUUAUUUUAUUUUUGUGGGACACCACAAUCCCAAAUCCAUAGGACACAUCAGGCUUCAGGUUCCCUGUAGAAUUCUAAAAUAACCUUUGCUAAUGAGGAUGUCUGAUACUGUUACUGUAAAAAAUGAAACUGAAACAAUGAAGGAUUUGGAGGCAGAAGUGAAAGAUGCAACUGGAGUUGAAAAUCUUAUCAAAUCCGAAAACUAUGGGAAGAUUUUGGCAGAGAAGAAUGAACGUUGCAUUGACAACAAUAUUGAUUUGCAGCGGCCACUGCAGUCAUUUGGACAGACAGGAAAAAGGUCUAAGUCAAGCUCAAAGUUAAAGCUAGUUCGGAGCCUUGCAGUGUGUGAAGAAUCUCCACCACCCCCUACAGCAGAGAUAUCACAGGAGAACCAGGAGAAAAUUCAGAUCCAGUUAACACAAUCAUUUGAAAAAGAGGAGAAGCCCUCAAAAGAUGAAGCAGAAAAAGAAAAAGCCAGUGAUAAGUUGCCCAGAAAAAUGUUAUCAAGAGAUUCCAGUCAAGAAUACACUGAUUCAACUGGCAUAGAUCUACAUGAAUUUUUAGUAAAUACAUUAAAAAACAAUCCCAGGGACAGAAUGAUGCUGUUGAAAUUGGAACAAGAAAUUUUAGAUUUCAUUGGUAAUAAUGAGUCUCCACGUAAAAAAUUCCCCCCAAUGACAUCUUACCAUAGGAUGCUAUUACACAGAGUCGCUGCUUACUUUGGAUUAGACCACAAUGUUGAUCAGAGUGGGAAGUCUGUCAUAGUAAACAAAACUAGCAAUACAAGAAUACCUGAUCAGAAAUUUAAUGAACAUAUUAAGGAUGACAAAGGUGAAGACUUUCAGAAACGAUAUAUCCUCAAGAGAGAUAACUCUAGCUUUGACAAAGAUGAUAACCAGAUGAGAAUACGUUUGAAAGAUGACAGAAGAAGCAAAUCUAUAGAAGAAAGAGAAGAAGAGUACCAGAGAGCUAGAGACCGAAUAUUUUCCCAAGAUUCCCUGUGUUCCCAAGAGAAUUAUAUUAUUGACAAAAGAAUCCAAGACGAGGAUGCUAGUAGCACCCAGCAGAGGCGCCAGAUAUUUAGAGUUAAUAAAGAUUCUUCAGGGAGAUCAACAAAUAGCCAUCAAAGCAGCACUGAGAACGAGUUGAAGUACUCUGAACCACGACCCUGGAGCAGCACAGAUUCAGACAGCUCUCUCCGAAACUUCAAGCCUGCUGUAACCAAAGCCAGCAGCUUCAGUGGAAUUUCAGUUCUGACAAGAGGUGAUAGUUCUGGAAGCAGCAAAAGCAUAGGCAGGCUUUCAAAAACAGGUUCUGAGUCUUCUGGUAGUGUAGGGUCAUCUACGGGCUCUCUCUCUCACAUCCAGCAGCCUCUUCCAGGUACAGCUCUCAGCCAGUCUUCUCAUGGCGCACCUGUCGUCUAUCCAACUGUCAGCACUCAUAGUUCUCUUUCCUUUGAUGGUGGCCUAAAUGGGCAAGUCGCAUCUCCUAGCACUAGCUUCUUUUUGCUUCCCUUGGAAGCGACAGGCAUACCACCUGGCAGUAUUCUGAUCAACCCACAAACAGGUCAGCCCUUCCUAAACCCAGAUGGGAGUCCAGUUGUGUGUAGCCCUCCUGUGACUCAACAGCCAGUUAGAGCCCAAGUGCCUGGACCUCCACAGCCGCCUCUGCCAGCACUGCCACCUCAACAGCAAGCAGCCCAUCACAUCUUCUCACAGCAGGACAACCUUGGGUCUCAGUUUAGCCACAUGAGUCUUGCCCGCCAGCCAUCUGCAGAUGGCUCUGACCCUCACGCCACCAUGUUCCAGUCCACUGUUGUUCUUCAGUCCCCACAGCAGUCUGGUUACAUCAUGACAGCAGUCCCUCCACCACCACCGCCGCCUCCUCCUCCUCCUCCUCCCCUACCACCUGGGCAGCCAGUCGCUACUGCUGCCUAUUCUGCCUCUGGUCAUCCUGUCAGCCAGCCUGUGCUCCAGCAGCAAGGAUAUAUUCAACAGCCCUCUCCACAGAUGCCAGCCUGUUAUUGUGCUCCAGGCCACUACCACUCCAGUCAACCUCAGUAUCGCCCCGUCCCUUCUGUCCAUUACAGUUCACAUCUAAACCAACCACUGCCACAGCCUGCACAGCAGGCAGGUUAUCAAGUUAUGCCCAACCAGCAGCAAAACUACCAGGGGAUAGUUGGAGUUCAGCAACCCCAGAGUCAGAGCCUAGUUGGUGGUCAGCCCAACAGCAUUGGAAAUCAGAUUCAAGGAGUGGUCAUCCCCUAUCCUUCAGUGCCAUCAUAUCAGGUUUCACUGCCUCAAGGUUCUCAAGGAAUUGCCCAUCAGACUUAUCAACAGCCUGUUAUGUUCCCUAAUCAGUCUAAUCAAGGAUCUAUGCCUACAGCAGGAAUGCCAGUUUACUAUAGCAUCAUUCCACCUGGCCAACAAAAUAAUUUAAGCUCCUCAGUAGGUUACUUGCAACCUCCAGGAUCAGAGCAAGUACAGUUGCCUCGAACUACUUCACCAUGCAAUUCCCAGCAGCUUCAAGGCCACCAGUGUGCAGCUGUGCCACCUCCACCAGCUGGUGGCGGAAUGGUGAUGAUGCAGCUCAGUGUACCAAACAAUCCACAAUCUCGUGCCCAUUCACCCCCACUGUGGAAACAAAACAAAUAUUACUGUGAUCACCAGAGAGGACAGAAGUGUGUGGAAUUUAGCAGUAUAGACAAUAUCGUUCAGCACAGUCCUCAACUCAGUAGUCCCAUUAUUUCACCAGCUCAGUCGCCAGCACCAGCUCAGCUGUCCACCCUGAAAACUGUCCGUCCCUCUGGACCGCCACUUUCCAUCAUACCCCAGUUUUCUAGACCCUUUGUCCCUGGGCAAGGAGAUGCCAGAUACCCGUUACUUGGCCAGCCCCUGCAGUACAACCCUCCUGCUGUUCUGCACGGACACAUCCCAGCCCAACAGGGUCAGUCUGGCAACAGGCAUGGAAACCGAGGAAGGAAACAAGCUAAAAAAGCUGCAUCCACCGACCUUGGUGCAGGAGAAGCAGUUGUUGGGAAGGUCUUGGAAAUUACUGAACUACCAGAUGGAAUAACUCGCGUGGAAGCCGAGAAGCUUUUUGGGGAACUUUUUAAAAUUGGCGCCAAGAUCCGGUGGCUCCGGGACCCCCAGUCCCAGCCCCAGCUGCGUCGUCACCCCCUCUGCUGUGGCAGCGGGGACAGCACUGUCAACCCCGAACGCUCUAAACCCAGUGACUUGGCCUCCACGUACACUGUCUUAGCCACGUUCCCCUCCAUCUCCGCCGCGCAGAAUGCUCUGAAGAAACAAAUUAACUCGGUUAACAAGUUUAAGCUGAGAACAAGCAAGAAGCACUAUGACUUUCACAUUUUGGAAAGGGCAAGUUCUCAGUAACAGCCCCCUCGGACCCAUGGCCUUUGUGAUUCCCCCGUCCUCGCCCAUCUUUAACUGGCUUGGUAUUUGGAGCUUCUGUUAACAUGAUAGAGACUCCUAGGAUGUGUGGUCGUGGCGUUAACAACCUCUGAAGACAGGCCGGUGAUCCAGCAAAGGGGGGAAGAUACACAUUUCACCCCAAAUGACUGUAGGAAUCCACAUCGGAAUGAUACAGAGUUAGCAGCUUCUUCUGAGGAAGUGCUGUUCAACUGCCUCCUAACUUUUAUAGUUAUUUUGUUUUAUAUUUCUGAAUUCUUGUAUCAGAUCCAAAGCUCUAUUGUACAGCAAAUUAUUCUUCAAAAUGAUUACAAACAGUUGCAACCUGUAUUUCUUUUUUUGCAGCCAGCACAGUGUGACCCAACAUAGAAUUUGGGGGAAAAAGAAUGCAGGAGUGUAAUAACCAAGUCACAACCAUGCACUGUCUUUGGGGGGCUGGAGGGUGACUAAGGAGAGCCCACAAAUAGAAAAUUACUCUUCCCCUGUAUCUCUAAACACAGACACAAUUUCCAGAAAAUACAGAACUCCCUCGUAGGGUCCUUUCCUUAUUCACUUAGGUCGUAUGAAUAUUAAGGGUAAAGUAAAUUAUGUUCUUAAUGCCUCUUAAUCAAACCACUUAGGUUCAAAGGGGAAUAGGAAUCAUUCUAGGCAGGAAAAUACUUCCACUUUUUUAUUACAUCUCCCUCCAAUAAUUAAAUGCCACUUAUUUUCAUUCCCUUCCUUGUGGAUUUUUUUGUCACCUGAGGAAAUGCAUUUGAUGAGUGCUGGAAACUUCUUCAAGUGGUUUAGAAUGUGUUUUCAUUGUUGGCAGCGGAUCACUGGACAUCAAAGAUUCAUUGCACUUAUGAACAAGGAACCUUUUUUUCAAUUCGCAAGGCUGUACAAUGUGUGCUGAUGCAAGCCUUUUUCAGUUCAAGAGAAUAAAU